AUGAAAAUUUAAAUCAUUAUUUUACUUAGUCUUUGUUUGACUUCAGUAUUUGCAGCUGGUAAAUGUGCAAAUCACUAAGCAUAUUUAUUAGUAAAAGCUUACUUUUAAGAUUUAGCUACUGGUAAUGGAUAAAAAGCAUUAGAUGAUGUGAACAAGUUUGCUUCUUAUUACGAAAAUAAAAAUCCUUCAACAAGCGCAUCAAGUGAUGAUUUAGGUGUUUGUAGCUAAAGUGGUUAAUACCAAGGUCAUCCAUCUUGUUGCGAUGCUAAAAUAACUAAAUUCUUGGAAAAAGCAGCUCUCUUCAAAGUUAAGCCUCUUUAAAACUAGAAUAACAUAGUUAUGAAGUUUAUGAAUGCUUUAGUUAAGAUGAUAAAUAAAUCAACAUGUAAUGCCAAAGCAGGUCAAACUAAACCAACUAAGGCUGAUGACUUGAAAAGCAAUACCGCUUUGACAAGUUUGUAGACUUUGAUCAAAAACAGUAAUGCUUGCAAAAUUUAAUUUGCUACAGCUAUGGUCUAAUUUACUAGAGGUGCAGUUUGCACAGUUUGUGCAGGCACUGAUUAACUUUCUAGUUUCUUUGGCAGUGAUGGAAAAUUAAUCAUAAGCUAAUCUAGCUCAGAUGCAUUCUAAAAAGCCACUAAUGAUGCACUUGCAUGCUUUGCAGAUGUCGCCUCAUGGACUGCAACUUCAACUAAUCCUGGACUUUCAGUUGUUGUCAACGAUGUAUUUGGAGCAUAUUUAGAUUCCAGUUGUUCAACUACCGCUCUUGUGACUAAACUCUAAAAUGCUUUUACAAGUAAUGGUGGAAUAUAAAAAUCAGGUGCUUGCUCAUCUACUACAGUAUUUAAAAAAUAAACAAACUGUGAGUAAGCCUAAUAAGGAGAUUCUACAAUAGAUAAUUAAGUAAAUACAGGUAGAUUUUUAGAAUAAAUGGAAUUUGAAAAUAUCAGAGUAUUAUAGGCCCCUAGCGCUGACUCAACUAUUUCCUCAACUGGUGGUGUUAAUAUUCUUGUUCAAAGUCCAGGAGAUUCUAACAUAGAUGCAGAUGGUAACGUUGAUACAACAACCGAUGCACCAGGUAGUUCAGUUAUUAACUCAUUUUUAUUGAGCUCAUUAGCUGUUUUAUUAUUGGCUAUCUAUUGA